UCAGACAAUACGAGUGCUAGGUAAAAUCCCGGUCAACUUUUGUCAAGAUUUUUUUUCUCGUUGGUGCUAUUGUGAAAUGUGACGUUGACGGCGAGUGAUUAUUGCUCUUCCACUGUUUCUUGCGUCGUGAGUUUGUGCCGUGGUUUUUGUUUCUGUUAUUGUCGAAUUAUCCGAAUGUCUUUAGAACGAUAUCCGGAAUGAUAUUCUUGACGAGCUCAAUCUAAGCACUGGUCACUGAUUAAUGAAAAAUUUUAAAUUCUAACGAUUUUUCAGAAAGUGAUAAGCUUUGUCACAUUGAAACAUGGACACGGAUUUAUUAUUCUUCUCGUUCAUAGAUAAUGCCACGAAAGCAUGGCUCGACACUCUGCAUCGGAUGUGGGCGUUAUGGAAGAAGUGUGACGGUGUUAGCAAAACAUUAACGGAUUACUUCGAAACAGCACCAAAUCCAUAUCUCAGCACAUUGAGAAUCCUUGUCAACAUUUCUGAUUUUGAUCAUAUGACAAACAGCAAAUCGCUUGCAUUUGCAGUGAUAGAAGAAUUUUCAAAUUGGAUAAAAGAGAGAAAAGAAGGUUAUAAGGAAUUUCUUGUUCCUGAUUUGAAGUUAGCAGCUUUCAAAUUAAUAAAGCAAAAACAUAUGAAACAAAUGCUGCUAAUUAAGAAUGUUUCUAAUAUAUAUGAUUUUGUGGAACAUAAAGAUAUGUUUCUACAAUCAAUAAAGGAAAUGAUACGAGAUAAAGAAUAUAAGGAGGCUGCACAAUAUGUUGCAAUGUUAAAAUUGCAGAGUCAUUUUAUGGAUCCAGAAAUAUUGUUAUUACCACUUAUAUUACAAAAUAAGUUACAAGUAGUUGAUGAAUUUCUAGUUGACUGCCAAGAUGUUCAAAAGGCUUUAACAACUUAUUUAGACAACUUGAUAGCACCAGGAAAAAAUGUACAAAUCAUAUUGGAAAGAUUUAUCUAUGAAAAUGAUAUUCCAGAGGUUAAAAUAUCGUUAACACAAGUUCGUCCAAUAACUAAGCUUAUUGCACGUCUAAUAAAGCAGUACAAUUUGUCACCUGAUGUAUGUCCACACUUAAACACAAAACGAAACGAAGGAGCAUUGCAAUUUAUUAUACAUAAACGUUAUGUAGAUGGUAGUUUAAAUGUUGCUAGCUGGAGGGAGAUGGUGAGAGAGGCAAUAGGAGAUGACAUUAAAUUGCAAAAGGAAUUACUUCUUAUGUUAAUUAAUGUCAAUGAUGCACAAGAAGGUUUAUAUUGGGCGAGGGAAUAUAGAAUACCUAAACAAGAAUGGCCAUGGAUGAUUGUACAUGCAGAAGAAAAUGAAGGAGAAGAAGAAACAGAAGAAGAAGGUGCGCAAGGGGUAAAUGAUGGAGCUUCUACGAGCAAAGAUGAAAAUUGGGAACCAAUCGAAGAUAAUCAAAAUUAUCACAUUUUGAAAUUACCAAGAGAAUCUAUUAAUGUAGUGGAUAAUGGACGCUUAUUUGAAGAAUUCCUUGAUAAUGGAUUGAGGAAUGUUACUAUAGUUGGAAUUGAUUUAGAGUGGAAACCUAGUUUUGGAACUAAGCAACCAGAACUAGCACUUAUACAAGUUGCUACUGAGGAUAAUGUUUAUAUUUUGGAUGUGACUACUCUUGGUAAUGAAUUACCUGAACUCUGGGCUGAACUUGGUCUUAUGUUGUUUGGAAAUAAAAAUAUUAUUAAAAUAGGAUUUGGAAUAGCACACGACAUAACAGUGAUACGCAAUAGUAUACCUACAUUGUCGUCUAUUAAAAACCAUGGCCAAGGUUACCUCGAUUUGAUGAUUUUGUGGAGAAAAUUAUCAGAAGAUUACAACUUUAUUUUCCCAUACAAAGGUGACCCAAACUUCACAAGCAAGAGUUUAAGUAAACUUGUGGAACUAUGUUUUGGACAAAGAUUGGACAAGUCUGAUCAAUUCUCAAAUUGGGAACUAAGACCUCUUAGAGAAAGUCAAAUAAUAUAUGCUGCAUUGGAUGCUUAUUGUUUGUUGGAAAUAUAUAAGGUAUUAGCGGAUUAUUCAGCAGAUAUGGAUAUACCGUUUGAAGAUAUUUGUGCAGAAAUACAGCACAUUCCACAGACACAUAAAAAACCGACCACAAAUAAAACCACACAUAAGAAAGCUAUAUAUUCAAAUCCUGCAACAUCUGAUAGAGACAAUGAGAAUUAUCGCGCGAAUGCAGGAGCUUCACCAAAAUACGUAACGGCAUCUAAAUACAAAUCUAUGGGUAAACAGGGAUAUCAUAAUAAACAGAAUAAAUCUGAGCAUCUGGGAAUACUUAGAAUAGCUAAUGAUGGAAGACACGAUAAUCAAAAGAGAUAUGACAAUCGUGAUAAUCAGAAUCGAGACAGAUGCGCGCGUGUCGGAAUAAUUCAGAUAGCUAAUGACACAAGAAGUGAUAACCAAAGGAAAUAUGACAAUUAUAAUAAUCAUAAUCAGAUCACAUACGGACACAUCGGAAUGAUGCGAGGGGCUAACGGUGCAAGAUAUGAGAAUGAAAAGAGACACGAUAAUCGUGAGAAUUAUAAUAGAUUUGACAACUACGAGAAUCAUAAUAGAUAUGACCAUCCAAACAGAUACGGUAAUCAAAGUAGACGCAAUAAUUCUGAUAAAUACGACAAACAGAUCGAUAGACGGGAGGAUGUUCAGAAUAGAUUUCUGGACAAGCUUGAAAAGAUGAAUAGAUCGGAAUCCAGAAUGCAGCGACAACAUCAAGGAGAUCCGGUCAUCGCGCAUACGUGGCGCGUUGUAUGCGAUUCGAUGUUGGGUGGCUUGAGCAGCAAGCUACGGAUGUGCGGUGUAGAUUGCAUACACGUUUUAUUUGAUCAGGGUGGAGACGAUUCUGCCAAAUUGGCAAUGCGUGAAAACAGGAUUUUGCUAACGCGUAAUAAAAAUUACGAAAGAUUCAAGCAGUAUUUACCACUAAAGAACUGCUAUAGAAUAAUGGCCGACACACCUGACAAUCAAUUGCGCGAAAUUUUAUGUUAUUUCGGCGUAGUUGUUACACAAAAUGAUAUUUUCAGUCGAUGUCAAAUAUGUAAUUGCGAUGAAUUCGUUAAAGUCCCGAAGCAAUUAAUGGACGAUCUUGUGCAAAGCUUCGUGAAAAUUAUAAGAAAAAACAAUUAUCGAGUGCUGCCUAAUCAAGUCGAUAGCGUAAAAGGAAAAGCUGAUGUUGGUGAUGAUAAUGACGAUUUUGAACUUGCUCGGAAUUCGAACAAUUAUUUUACGAAUAGCGAGCAUCGCACAUGGCGUCUGUCCACAGACACUAUCGAGGUCGCCACCUGUACAACGAGAUAUCAAAUGCGAAUACAAAUCGAUAAGGUCCCACUGAAAGUAUUGAAGAAUGUACAGAUCUUUUAUAUCUGCGAACACUGUGGAAAAAUAUAUUGGGAUGGUUCACACUUGGAGCGAGCUCUUAAUGGUGUUAUCAAAGAUUUAAUCGUUAAACAAUAAGUAUUAAGUGUGAUACAAAAAAAGAAAAAAAAAACGAAAACUCUUGCUCAAAAAAUUAGAGUAAAGGGCAGAAAAAAAAUCAAAAUCAUCCAUAGUUUGAGAAAUUUCAAAUAAUGAUUGUUCCUAGAAUUUACGCGUCGCCAAUAUCGAGUAUGUGAUAUUGUCAUGCUUAUUAAAACGCUACAUUAAUACACAUCUGAUCGUACUAUUUGCGACAUAGACUACGUUUACACGUCACCCCUAAUCGAUUCUAAGGCUGGCCAAUCACAGUCAUUCCAUUCUUCAGAGGAAUAGCUGUGGUUGGCCAGUUUUACAACUACGGAUGUUAUUAAACCCGAUUAAGGGUGCCGUGUAACAAUUCUCAUAGAUAAACACAUAUAUUCUUUGUCAAUAUAUUGUUACCGUUUUUUCUUGUAUCUUUAAGAUAUAUUUUAUCCUUUUUUGUUCAUUUAAAUAUAUAUAUAUAUAUAUAUAUAUAUAUAUAUAUAUAUAUAUAUAUAUAUUACUAGUGAAAUCGCGCUAUGAAAUGAUAUAAUCUUGAUCUGAUAAAAUCGAUCGCAUCAUAUUAUAUCGAUACAUCAUAUUAUAUAGUUACGAUGCCAUCAAUUUUAAUUUAAUUUAAUUUACUAUUAUAAGUUGAUAUUAUAUAAUAUUAUAAUCGCCGCUAUCAUUAAUUGUCAUUUUAUUAGCAUAAGUUGUUAAAUAAUCAAAAAGUUUAUUAGAUUUCUAUCAUUUUUUUAAAUCGAUAAAUAAGAGAUUUAAGAUGCAAAUUCAGAUUAUUGAUUGAUGAGGACCACAAACAAGUGUCGCAUUGUAAGAUGUAAUUUGAUAUAUGACUGCAUAUUUGAGAUUGCAUGAUAUUCUCUCCACAUAAGAGCAAAUUAAAUGCAUGUGCUCAAUGUAUCAACUUUGUUGAUUAUUUGUAAUUUCUUGCAACUAUCUUUGUAAUGAAAAAGACAACUAUCUUUGUAACAAAAAAAAAGCAAAGAUGCCUAUAGAAUAUAAGAUGAUGUUAUUCUGAUUUUUUUAAAUAUGUAUUUUAAUUAUUCAUAUUACAAAUAUAUGUAUUUACAUAGAAAAAUAUGCGUAUCUAUUUUUUAUUAAAAAAGAAUGUUAACAAAAUAAAAGGAAAAAAGUAUAA